GUGUUCUUUUUGUGUCUGCGCAUGCGCGCUGCGGGUCGCUGCACAGACUGGCGGUCGCAGUAGCGACGGCGGCGGCUGCUGUGAGAAAGCUGCACCGAGGAGGAGCCCCUAUUGUGACCCAUUCUCCUCCGCCUCUGUUGCCCUGUACGGAAUAAUUGGUGGACCCCCCGCGACCGUGCUCGGAUGCCACUCCCUGACUGGGCUCCGGUAACCGGGGAGAGGAGAACCUCCAUUCACUAGCGCCGAGGAAGAGGAGGAGAACGGACACCAUGAGUGAGCAGAGCAUCUGCCAAGCACGGGCGGCUGUCAUGGUUUAUGACGAUGCCAACAAGAAAUGGGUCCCGGCAGGAGGGUCGACAGGAUUCAGCCGAGUGCAUAUUUAUCACCAUACAGGAAAUAACACCUUCCGGGUGGUGGGCAGGAAAAUUCAGGACCACCAGGUGGUCAUCAACUGUGCCAUUCCCAAGGGGCUGAAAUACAACCAGGCGACGCAGACCUUCCACCAAUGGCGGGACGCGAGACAAGUUUACGGGCUCAAUUUUGGGAGCAAAGAAGAUGCCAAUGUGUUUGCAAGUGCCAUGAUGCAUGCCCUGGAAGUGCUGAACGCGCAGGAAUCUGGUCCGACGUUGUCCCGGCAGAAUUCCCAUAUCCCCCUACAAGUACAGAAUGGCCCGUCGCAGGAGGAGCUGGAGAUUCAGCGGAGGCAGCUGCAGGAGCAGCAACGACAGAAGGAGCUGGAGCGCGAAAGGCUGGAACGAGAACGCAUGGAGAGAGAGCGCAUGGAGAGAGAACGCAUGGAACGGGAGAGGCUCGAGAGGGAGAGAUUGGAAAGGGAGAGACUGGAGAGGGAGAGACUGGAGAGAGAGCGCCUAGAACGCGAACGCCUGGAGCGUGAGCGCCUAGAGCAAGAGCAGCUGGAAAGAGAGCGCGAGAGGCAGGAGAGAGAACAUCAGGAGCAACUGGAGCGCGAGCUUCAAGAACAAGAAAGGCUGGAGCAAGAGCAACAAGAGGCAAUGACGUUACAGGAGCAAUUAGAGAAGGAGCACCAGAAGUGGGAGCGCGAGAGAAGGGCAUCCAACACGGCUUCUCCUGCCUCUGUUGAGAACUCUUUAAUCUCUGUGCUGGGAGACGCCUGUGCUUCUCAGCCAGACUUGACCACAACCUCUCAGCCGAUUGACCCUGCGUCCCAUCCGGGUGUUGUUCCGGGACCACCAGCACCACCUCCCCCACCCCCUCUUCCUCUAGGUGCAAGUGUGUCUCAGUCAGCCCCUGCUCCACCUCCACCUCCUCCUCCUCCCCUCCCUCCAUCAUGUCCUGCACCACCUCCUCCUCCUCCUGGACCGCCACCUCCUCCAGGACCUCCACCACCUGCACCUAUGGCUGCACCUCCUCCACCGGCUCCUCCACCACCACCUGCACCUCCACUUCCAUUCUCUGUGGCUUCCGCAAGUUUAGAAGAAAACCGUCCGUUAUCGGGCUUGGCAGCUGCACUGGCUGGUGCCAGACUGAGGAAAGUUUCCCGGACUGAUGAUAUGUCAAAUCAGAGCAGUGUAAGCUCUGCUGGAGCCAGUUCGGGCCCUCCCAAGACCGAAGCUAGUCGUGGGAAUGGCCCUCUUCCAAUGGUUGGGGGAGGUUUAAUGGAAGAAAUGAGUGCAUUAUUAGCAAGAAGAAGACGAAUUGUAGAAAAAGCACCAACCAUAGAACCUGAUGCAAAAGAAGAGAAGACGGAGGAGCAAGAGCCCACACCUCCAAAAGCGCCCUCUGCUGGCACACCAGAACCUGCAAGAAAGCCUUGGGAACGAACCAACACGAUAAAUGGUAGCAAAUCCCCCGUUAUCUCCAGACCAAAGUCUACACCAUCAGGGCAGCCAAGUGCCAACGGGGUGCAGUCCGAAUCCUUGGACUACGACAGACUGAAACAGGAUAUUUUAGAAGAGAUGAGAAAAGAACUAGCAAAACUGAAAGAAGAGCUCAUUGACGCCAUCCGGCAAGAGCUCGGAAAAUCAAACAGUACAUAGAAAAGACUGAAGGGAGGCGACGCAGUGCCCUGAUUAGAAAGGACUUCUCCUUUUUUUCUAAGAUGUUUUAAAGGAAGUCUGAGAAUCCUGCAACCUGGGAACCGCAAAUAAAGACCUUUCAGAAACUUCAGUUUUGGAUGUAUACAGAAUCUCUCCUGGUUUUCUGCCUUUAAAUUUCCCCCUUCUUGCACCUCAAGAGUGAUGGUCUUUAAAAAAAACAAAAAAAAAAAAACACACUGAACAAUUAUGCAGAAGUUCCUAUUUCCUGAUUAUUUUUAAUAUUUUUCUCCUGUCCAAUGAGCUGGCAUAUAUACGAGAAUCCAACCACCUCAAAAAGAAAAGCAUUGCCCUUCAAUAACGUAUUCCAGAGGAGAGAAGUGUCGAGUCAAGCAAGUUAUCCGAUCGUUGACUGCAAGUGUAACUCAGGUUCGUCUUCCUAGGAUAUCUGAUCAUUUUUUGGUUUUUGAAGCACCCACACCGUGUAGACUAUCGCUACAUUCUGGGCACCACACUCAUAUAUAUAUAUAUAUUUUCUUUUAAGUUAUUCUCGGGGAAGCCCAGUCACCGGCCCGAUAUUUAGGAGACGUUAGGGUCAGGGGCGUAGUGUUGCACCUUGAGAACGUUUUAAUUUUCUACCUAAUUUUUUUGAUACUUUGGCAGAGGGCAACUUGUGUUUGUCGUUUUGUUGACGAGAAGACAAGCCAAGUGUCUGUGACGGGCGUGAAAGAAUAGGGAAAGCCUUUCUUAAGUUAACGCUUCUACCAAAUCAGAAAACCAGAAACCCAUUAGCGCUAUGAUUAGAGAUUUACUUUACCGUGCAUGCGGAGAAAAAUAUUGUAGGAUCCUCAGCACCUAGAAAAAUUUAAAAAGUGCAUGUCCAGAUAGCGGGCUGUCCCAGACCUCUCCAUUAUCUAAGAUAAGCUUCUCUUGGCCAUCUUCUUGUAACCUUCUUCUCCAUGAUGACCUGGCUUUACGUUCUGCCCUUUCGUUCAUGACUCUGAUGACGGAUUGGAUGGUACUGAGGUUUUUCUAUGCCGGAAGGGAAAGUUAGUCUGGAAUUUGAAGGUUCCUGCAGUUGAAGGAAGUCACCAGCUAAAGUGACUCUGGUGGGAUGUCUGAUUCAAGAAGGACGUUGGUAAUGUUGGAAGUCUUGGUUGGAAUUGUGCCAUACUGACAUGGAACCUCUGAGAUCCUAUGGAUAUAUGGGAUAUUACUGCAGCUCAUAAAAUAGGAAACCUUCCCCUAGCAAGUGCUGGACACCAAAGCAAGAUGCCUCUACAAGCUUGGAAGAUAUGGACCUCGAUCUACUAUGUUGUACCGAAGGCCAUAGAUAUUCCAAACCGAAAAAAAAAAAGAUUCAACCAGUAUCUCAAUGUGCAAGCUGCCACUAUUACCCCUCUCCCAUCCUCCUAAAAAAAUAAAAUAAACUGCCGUGCAUGGUAGGAAGUAAUGGAACUGUGGACUAUUUGGGACAGGCUUGUCCAGGACCGGCUCACGUGAGGAUUUGUCAUCCACUAUCUGUUCAUUUCUGUGGACAUUUCCGCUGUAAGAGUUCAGCCAAUGUAUGUGAUCCCACGGGUCAUUUCCUUCAGCUCCCUGACUAAAGCCAACAUUUUGUUACGACGACGAUCAGUCCAAAGUAUAUGAACAACCCAUGACGGGGAGGACGGUCCCGCCCCGUGUUUUUGAAUGAUACCGGUUUUAUGCACUAUGCGUUUUUGUGCCUUGGUCUAAAAAAAAAAAGGAGAAAAAAAAAAGAAACCUGAUCUUUCAGUUCUAGAGUAAUCAAUUGUCUUUCCAUCUUGCAUUCACAUCUCAUGUGAUAUAUCAGUUACUUUUUAGUUCCCCCCUCCAAAAUGUUCUUGCAGUACCCCCAUAUUCUCAUAUCUGCUAACACUAAAGGAUAGCCACCAGUUAUUACUAGAUCAUUAGAGAUUUCCGUAAUAUAAAUUAUAGAGGGUGGUUUUUUGUUUUCUUUAAAAAAAAAAAAUCUAAAAUUUUCUAGCUUAAUUUUUAUUAAAAAUCUAAUUUAAAAAAAAAAAAUUGCUGGAAAUGAUAAUCAUUUCAAGGGGGUUAUGUCUUUUUGUUUGUGUUGGGUGUCUUACAAAGUUUUGAGAUAUCCCGCCUGCUCUGUGCGAGCUUUCUUUAGCAACACUGUGACCUAAGCUGUGUGAUAUAUAUAUCUACACAAUAUACCCAAAGGGGGGUAAAAAUCAUCAAUUGCAAUGAAACUGAAUGUAUAAAAUCUGUGUGCUGGUGCUGAAAUCUCUCCUUCAGUCAUCCCGGUCAUGUUACAUGUGUCUCAUGUGAAGCAGGAGUCGGAAUCCUCUUAUGAACGUCACCUGCCCGUGCUUCUUGUUUUUACCACAUUAUUUUUUUUUCUUUUUCAUGUCAUCUCUAUUUUUUACCAUUGUUGCAUUUUAAAUUUACUACAUGCUAACUUUUUUUGUUUUUGUUUGAGCAAAUGAAAUAAAAUUGCAAUAUUAAGUGUUGCUACCAUUGGUCUGGUGAAGGCUUCUAAUCUUUGGACUGCGGGGAAAAAAACAUUUUCAGACAGGUUAUCUUGAAUGUGACUUUAAACAAAAAAAAAAAAAAAAUGGAAAAAAAAAAUUGCUGAAUGCCCUAUAAAUAACUUUAUGGUAUCUCUUCUUGGAGGGUUUACAUACGCUAUCAUUAUUUUUCUAAUUUUGAAGAUACAUUUUACCAGUAUUGAAUACGCUCCGAUAAUGUAAGAAUAUGUAAUAUGUAUAAAUGAAGACUGUAUAUAA